AGCAGAAAUGAUUAUGACAGCAUGACUGGCAAUCGUCAUUUAGUGUGGGCAGAUGUUGGUUUGUUAGAGCAUGCUCGAAACAUUUACACAAUUCAAGUGUAUAUACAAUUUGAGGAUAAUUUUGUGAGUGGUGUUCCUUGCACAGCAAAGAUAAUAGGAAUUCAACAUCCUCUUUAUGAGUAUCAUGUUGGGCGUCCAAAGAGGGAUUUGAUCAUGCACACUGUUUCUUUUGAUGAAUCAUUGGUUUCAGUUGAUUGUACAUGCAAAUAUUUUAGUGAGGUUGGACUACUAUGUAAGCAUUCAUUGCGUGUUCUUCAUUUGAACAACAUCACCUACAUCCCAAAGAGGUAUAUUAUGAAGAGAUGGACAAAGGCUGCAAUGUGUACUCGGGUUGAUGAUAAUGUUGUAGCUGAAUCGGGAGUUACACCUUCAAAUGUGUGGAGAUUACAUAUUAUUAGGACUUUUAUAAGGCUUGCUGAUCGUGCACAAAUUGAUUUAAAGUCGCGAACUGUCAUUGAGGAAGCUAUUGAUGAGUACACCAACAAAAUUGAUAUUCUUCUAAGGAAAGAUGAAAGUGAAAAUCAAGAGUCUUCAAAUACUGAUUGUAGGUCAACUGUAACACAAGAUCAAGGAGAUGGUAAUUUGUUGGAACCACAAGGAGUAAAUGAAGAAUGUGUUCCUCAAACUGAAGAUGUGAAUGGUAAACAAAAAGCUGUAGUUCAAGUAGAAAUUAAAGAUCCUAUCAAGAGAAGAAAGAAUGGGCAAAGAAACACUAGACCUAAGAGUACACAAGAAAAGAUAACCAACAAGCUAAAGGGUCAAAAAAUCAAGUCAUGGAAAAGGAAAACAACAAGAGGUGUUUCAAAAUUGAAACAAAAAGCUCAAACUACGAUUAAGGAAUUUAUGGUUGUACCAAAAGGAAACAUAUUGGCACAUUCAAAUGAGUUUGGAGGAUCAUUAGAGUAUUUUGAACCUGAUGAGUAUUUUGGAGUUCAUGUACUUCCUUUUGAACCUUGUCAUUAGUAAGAAAAUUUAGAUUUAAUGUUAGUUUUACUUUUUUUUUAUAUAUAUAUUUUGUAGUAGAUUCAGCAUAUUAAAGGUUUUUUGAACUUAUAUGAUUUCUUAUAUAGCAUAUUAUGCACACUUGUAUUCAUUUCAAAUCAAAUAAACAAUAGUCAUUCAUUAAAAAGAACAUGUCAUUGAUUAAAAAGAACUUGUUCUUUAGUCAAAAGAACAUAUCAUAAAUUGUAAAAGAACAUUACUUAUAUAAUAGGAAUAUGUUUUUUGCAAAAAAAAGAACCAAGUCAUAUAAAUACAUAUAAAUAAUUGAAAAAAUAAUAAACUGCUGCUAUUACGUUAAUGUUUCAACAUCCAAAUAAACCUGAAAUUUUAAAUGUUCCCUAAUUCUUUGAAAUGUUUUUUGGCACGAGCACACAUUUCUGGUUUCUUCAUGUUGAGAUCAGUGGUGAUAAGCUCAUAUGUGUACCUCAAUCUUAGCUUCUUCA